UUUUUAUUAUUAUUAUUAUUAUUUUAACCAGUGUCAGCCAUGGAGACCACCCAGGUGACUUUGGUAAUCAGGGAAGAAACCUCUCCAGGUGAGGUGAUAGCAGUUGUUGGGAGCUGUGAGGCCCUGGGAAACUGGAGUUAUCAGAAAGCGGUCACUUUACAUCCUCUAAGUGAUGCGGGGCACACUUGGACUGUAACAAUCCCCGUGCCUAAAGGUGUUGUUUCCAAGUAUCGCUAUUUAAAAGGCUUCUUUCUGGAACCAAAGAGCGCAGGUGGCCCCUGUCAAGUGAUAGUCAAUAUGUGGGAGACCCAUCUUCAGCCCCGCACGAUGAGCCCCACAGCAGCACCUCAGAAUAUUGACGACGGACAGUUUGGAAUUCACAAUGGGGUGAAAUGUGUUGACUCAGGGUGGCUGACAUGCCAGACAGAUAUUCGCCUGCGAUUGCAUUAUUCCAAGAGGCCUCCCGUGUCCAUUACUAAGAAGAAAUUCAAGAAGUCUCGCUUCAGGAUCAAGCUUACGUUGGAGGGUUAUGAAGAAGAGGAGGACGAGGAGGAGGAUCUCAGCCCUUCAUCGUGGCACAAGAUGACCACCACUCUGGGGAUCAGCAUGAUUGACAUUAACGGCUGUAAGUCUCGACACUCUCAGCCUGAGUGUGGUUACGCCCUGGAGCCCUCGCGGUGGACAGAGUACAGCAUCCACACCAUGGACCCCGACAACCUGGAGCUCACCUUUGAGUUUUUUGAGGAGGACCUUGGUGAGCAUGUAGUCCAGGGGGACAUCCAUCCAGGCCACGUGGGGACAGCCUGUCUCCUCUCCUCUUCAUUCUCAGAGCAUGGCAAGGACACGGGAGUGGUCACACUUCCCAUAAUGGGAAGAAACUCCCGGCAGACUAUUGGUAAAGUGAGAGUGGAUUAUAUGGUGAUCCGGCCAAUCCAGGGCCUCCAGUGUGACAUGAGCUCAUCGUACACAAAGCACUGGACAAAAAGAAAUACUGUGGACGUGGGUCACAGAGGAGCGGGCAGCACACACGCUGCCAAGCACUACAAAGUUAGAGAGAAUACAAUCACCUCGUUUAAAAGUGCAGCUACACAUGGAGCAGCCUUUGUGGAGUUUGAUGUUCACCUCUCAAAGGAUGAGGUGCCGAUUGUAUACCAUGAUCUGACUUGCUGCAUAUCCACCAAGAAAAAAAAUGACAAAAACCUGGAGCUCAUUGAAGUCCCAGUUAAAGAUCUAACAUUUGAUCAGCUGCAGCUUCUAAAGUUGGCCCAUAUCACUGCAUUGCAAGGAAGUGAUCACAAAGAUCUUCUGGAUGAUGAGGAUGAAGUCGAUGAACAUCAGCCAUUCCCCUCACUGUCUCAGAUCUUCCAAGCCGUUCCUGAAAACGUUGGCUUCAACAUUGAACUCAAAUGGAUCAGUCAGAUGAAGGACGGAUCAUGGGAUGGAAACUUGUCUUCCUACUUCAACAUGAACACCUUCCUCGACAUUAUUCUCUCCUGUGUUCUGCAGAAAGGUGGAAAAAGACACAUCAUCUUCUCAUGUUUCGACCCAGACGUCUGCACAAUGGUGCGUCACAAGCAGAACAAGUACCCCAUCCUCUUCUUGACUCAGGGGGUUUCCAUCAAGUAUCCAGAGCUGAUGGACAUUCGCUGCCAGACCACUCAGUUUGCUGUUAGCUAUGCUCAGAGUGAAAACAUUCUGGGAAUCAGUGCCCACACUGAGGAGCUGCUGAAGCACCUGCAUUACAUCAGGGAGGCUCAGUCCAAAGGCUUGGUGGUGUUCAGCUGGGGGGACGACAACAAUAACCAUGAAAUCAGGAGGAAGCUGAGGGUGGAGGGAAUUGAUGGGCUCAUAUAUGAUAGUAUUUGUGAAGCCCAGGGAGAGCAGCCAAACAUCUUUCAAGUAGAAGAGCAGCACACCCUGCAGGAGGUCAUCACAGAGGAGACCUUAAAGAGCUCCGCGUGCUCCUGCUACACCAUUCCCUGCUCCAUGGUACCAUGUGUUGCCCCCAAGGCCCGUGGCGGAAGUGCCGAGUCCGACUCUGGCCUCAGCUCUUCUUAGAUAAAAGACAAAAUGUCUUCCCUUCCUGCGUAGCUUUUUGCACAUUCAUGCUAAUGUUGACCAAGGGAGGAUUGUACGAGUGAAAGAAGCUUGUACUUCCUCAAAAAAAUAUGUAUCAAAUAUAUUGAUCAGGUGCGCCUCCCAGACCUUUUGCUUCGAAAGUAAACCCAACGUAGAUCAUUUCCUUCUGUCCUCACAAAGCUUUUCUUAUUUAUACACGCCAUUUAUAGUUAGACGCUUAGCCAAAACAUCAAAGAAGCCAUGUUUUAUAUUUCUCCCACAAAGGCCAGUUCACACAUCAGAGCAGUAUACUCUACGGGUCUUAAAAUAAAUGUAGGAAUUCUACAUUAGGUGCAGAUUUAUGAGGCCGAUUGAAAUAUAACUUAAUGCUUAUAAUAAUAUCUUACAUGUGUUCCGAUUUAAUAAGUAUAAAAAUGGAUGUCAUUAAGCUCAUGCUGUAGAAUGUUUUUGUUAUUUUUGUGCGUGUAGCCAUUUGUUAUUGUCUUCAAAAACAGUGCAAACCAAUCAGACACUGUUGUGACUCAGUGAACUGCUGGACAAGUUUAGCUUUUUACAAACACGGAGGCAUUAAAAACGAGAUGACAGCAAAGGUUGCCUUUUAAUGAAAGAUUGCUUCUUUUUUUAGUGGAAGAACUUUAUGCACUUUUCAAAUCAUUGGCAUGAACGAGUCCUUAAUGAAGAGGUUCAGUUAAAUGCACUCGCUGCAACUCUUUUUCCUUUUUGAGCUUUUGUUUUUGGGCCUGAUUAUGAUGUACUUUUCCACAUUUGCACUGUAUAAUCUGCUUUACAUACUUGAUUUCUGGAAGAAAUGUUUAGUUUUGGUGCACAGUCAAACCACAGCCUUAAAGGAUAUGAAUAGAAAGUUUUUUAUUUGAUUUCAACAUAAACAGAAUCUCACUCACCACUUAAGUUUGACUUAAGUUGAGAAGCUUUUAGGACUUGUACCUCCUUAUAAACCCAUUAAGUUUCACAGAAGCACCAGUUUAGUUUACACACAAACUAUGUGACRUGUUGUCUGUACAGUUUGUCUCUGAUUGUUGCAUGCUCUGUACUGUAUAUAUGGAUCAGCUCGGUGUACAUGAACUGACACUUGAAUUGUAAAUAAAACCAAAACACAAUUA